AUGCCAGUUAGGAUGGGCCGAGGGUUGGGCAAAGGGAACGGAACUAUGAUUGAGGUGGCCUGCACUAGAAUCAUCGAGAGUGCAAACACCAUCAUGGACUACGACCUUCGUAACGGGUUGGACAACAAGAUCGAUGGCAUUUGCCCUGUCAUCAAAGUGUCCAGUCUAGUCCGAGCCACAGCUGCUCAGGAAGAUGUGGUCGCCAAGGUCUUUGCAAAGUAUGCUUUACGACUAGACAUUACAAUGUCUUCAGGCCAAGUGGAUAGGGAUAUGCGCUACCCGUACAUCAAGGCAACUUCGUGGGUCCGGAAACUGGAUGAAGAGCAUGCUUUGGACUAUCUUUUGGGGCUGGGCUGCUCUACCUUGCAGGAGGCUUCCUCGGGCUUGGAAAAUUUCUGGGCGAAAUACGCUUUGUCACACGGUGAUCAUCAAGUCUUCAAAGCCGAUAUCCCACUACGCCAAUGCGUCCCCAUCUAUGUUCACGGGGAUGAAGGUACCACCUUCAAGAAAGACGGGGCAUUAGUGCUGUCGUUCUGCUGUCCUAUUGGCAAAGGUGUUGCCUGUCAGAAAGAUGGCGAUGUCAUUGACCAGAGCCGUCUGCGAAUGAACUUCAAGGGGCACUGUUUCAAAACACGCUUCGUGAUGGGCACUCUUUUUAAGGAUGACCACGAGGAUUAUCCCUCGGCCGUGCAGCAACUCUUGGAGCUGAUUCUGGAUGACGUCAAUACAGCUAGCCGCGAAGGUGUGCUGAUGCGAUCUGGGAUUCGUCUCCACCUGAUUCCCUUGGGGAACAAAGGGGAUUGGUCCUACCUGGCGCUGUGCCAAGGGGGAAACAUCGAAGCAACCUUCGCAGGGCAUCUGCCACCUAUGCUUGGCAGGAAGUCGGCCUGUCCUGCUUACAAGCGAACCAUGGACCAAGAGUUACCUUGGAACCAAGAGCCGUUGUUCAUCACAAAGCUUAUGCACCAGGUAACCCGCAAGGCGGCCUUCUUCAAAAUUGAUGCGUUUCACACCAUCAAUUUGGGAGUGGCCAAGGUUUUUGGCGCCUCAAGCUUGGUCUACCUUUCUGCGCUGUGUCACGGAAGCUCGAUUGAGGACCGAUUGGCGGAUUUGACUGCAUACUACUUGGAGUACUGCAAAGCAAACGGCAAGACCAACUACGUUAACAAAAUCGACAAGGCCCUGCUGGGGUGGAAAACUUCUGCCCCAGAUGGCUCGUGGAACAAAGGUGCUCUUUCCACUUCGCUAUGCCUUUUCAUCGAACAUUUCACGAAAGUCAGAAGUCUGGAAGGGUCUGAGGAUGAGAUGCUCAGCCUCAUUGCCUCUUGCAGCAGAGCUUUGAACUUCUGGAUGCAGUCCCUCUACCACAGUGACAUCUUCAUUGCCAAGGCCGAUGCCAUGAAAAUCAACGCAGCCGGCCGUCACUUUUUGGCGGGGUUCGCCAGGCUCUCGCUUUUGAGUUUCUUGAGAGGGAACACCAGAUUUACCUACAUCCCUAAGGUGCAUAUGUUCUGGCAUUUGGUUGACUACAUGUGCGACCAAGCCAGUCAACAUGACUGGGUCAUGAACCCACUAGCAGAGAGCUGUAGCGUUGACGAAGAUCUAAUAGGAAGAUUUUGCAUUUUGACCCGACGGGUUUCACCGCGUUUACGAGGCCGACGAGCUCUCGAGCGUUACCUGUCCCAGACCCUGUUAGUUUGGCAAAGGCCAACGAAGGCCUGA